AUGGCAUUAGUUUCCGGAUUGACAGGACCACAACACUGCAAGAUGUCUAUGGGUUGCACUUUGAGCCAGGUGGAUGUCCCGGAAGAUGCUGCAGACCAGUUGCGGGUCGUUCUCAAGCUUCUCACAGAGCACGCGGUGAGCGACAAGAACGGUGCAACCGCAACCCACCAGGUGUUGAACGGCUACAACGUGUGUGGGAGUAUUGGCGGCCAGAAGAAAGGCCCAACCCUGUUUGCAAUCAAUGAUGAGGGUGCGGUGGAGGACUUGCACAAGUUUAUUGCACAGAUGUACCAGCAGGGAUAUCCUUUGAAUCUAGGCGAGAGGCUCACGGAAAAAUUCACCCUAUUUCAGGACAUUGUGGUCCGUGGCAACCGGACAAACACACUGAACCCGGAGGACUUGGUGGGACCGGAGAGCAAACUUCUGGAGAUCAUAGGAAGAACUAUGGUGGAGCUGUUCCCAACCGUUGAAUCUUUUGACUUGUUCGUGCUCGCGGGAUCCGGGCAAAGCGAAGUUUCUGGCGCGAUGGAAACUUCAAUCCGAUUGGUAUGGAAGGAUGUUGUGGUGGACCAGAAGCGGGCUCUUUCAAUUCUAGAUCUGUUGGUGUCGAAGAUACAGAACUCUGAUUGCCCAGAAGUGAGAUUGCUGGAGCAAAAGGCUAAGGGAUACAGUGCAGCAAAUGAGUGGAGAGCAUGCUUCCGCGACUUUGCCUACAAGUCAGAUCAACCAGUUCGAAUGGUCUUCAACGACUCCGUGAGCCAGGCUGCUCCUUUGUUCAGGCCAGAAAAGCGGCCCUUGGAUCUUUUCUGCAUCUAUGAGCUUACACACAACCAAGGCAUCCUGGAUGAGAUCAAGGUCUUUUCUCGUGGCAUGGAAGUCUCAAGUGAAGACUACCAAACCUUGUUGAAGUGCACUUCCAUCAGGCAAAUCGGUUGGGUCCUUAUUGCAUGCCUUUGCAUUCGCCUUUCCAUUGCGCCUGGCUAG